AUGGCCAAGAAGUUUUUUGAUGGGAAGAAUGGCAUGCCCUUAGUUUUGUUGGAGACGUUAGAAAAGCUUCAUUCCUUCACGGGAGAGAUUGAUAUGAUCUGUGAGCAACUUGGUAGAGAAGAUCUUCAAUCGCGGAAUGCUUCGUUUAGCAUUUCACAGCCUAUGACAUAUUGUCCUCGUUAUUUUCCUUUAUCGAAAGGAAGAAAGAGAAGAAGAAAGUGUUCUCGUAAGAAGAGAAGCAAGCUGUUAGAUGAUCGUCGCUAUGAUGAAUCCGUAGCAAAUUUUAAAGGCAAUCAAAGUACACCGGCAAUGACAUUUCCUUGUAGGAUUUUACAGCAUGCAGCAAGUGUAUAUACACAUGAAGUGUAUGAAAAAUUUAAGGAGGAGCUAUGCAAAGGGAUUGAUUGUAAGUGGGAAGUUGAUGGUGAAUUAGGAAAUCAAAUGAUUUACAGAGUUACACCACAUGGUAAGACUUCCCACCAUCUUGUAACUUAUGAUUCAUCCACGAAUUCAAUUUGUUGUAGUUGUAAGAAAUUUGAAUUUGCUGGAUUUUUGUGUUCACAUGCACUAAAAAUAUUGAUGACUCUGAAUAUUGUAACAAUUCCGGAUGCAUAUAUAUUGAAGAGAUGGACAAAAGCAGCCAAAACAGGAAAUGUGCAUGUUUCCAGUGAAAGUAGCCCGGAAAUGGAGUUAAAGGCAAAAUUAAGUUUUCGUUACAAAGAGUUAUCCUAUCUAUAUAUGCAGCUGAUGACAAAAGCUUCUGAAUGUGAUGAAGCUUAUCAAAUUGCUAAAGAUGGAUUUUGGAAAAUGUCAGAACAAAUGGAUGCAUGUUGUCAAGGGAAAAAGAAAAUGAAAGAAGUGCGUAUUGAAGAAAAUUGUAGUGCGUAUCAAGAUGUUGACACUAAUCCAUCUGAAGUUGCCUAUAAUAAAAUAAAAGGCAUCAAAGUGAAAGAAAAAGUCACCUACAAGUCGAGCAAGAGGCCAAGAAGUGCACUGGAAAUGGCUACUAAGAAACGCAAGUACAAGGUGAAAGAGAAGUCUUCAUCGAAAAAAUUACAGGAAUUUGGAAAUAAUGUUGUUCAUUCAAGUAUGGAUUCUGCUACAAUUCAAGGUUUUGUUCGAGAAUUACCACCCCAGCAGGCACAAGAACUGGGAAAUAAUGAUGAUAGUGAUCAACAAGUUGCUAAACAUGAAUGA